AUGGGACCGGUGGGGGCGACCGAGCCGCUCGCCUGCCUCUGGACUCGCGGGCGAAACCGCCGCGGAGCUGGGGGCGCUGGCGCGAGCCCCGCCCCGCUCGGGUCCGGCCCCGCCCCUGGCCCGCCCCCCGCGCCGUCGGGCCCGGGGGCGGGGCGGGGCGGGGGCGGGGCGGGGGCGGGGCCGGCCCCUCUGCGCGCGCGGACACCUGGAGACUUGUACCCGCCCGCGGGGAGGUGGCGAGAGGGGCGCGGUUCGCCCGGGGUCGCGCACGUUGUCGGAGUCCCAGCGGAUACCGCCUGCCGGGGCCGCGCCCCGCUCUGCCCACGCCCCGCGCUGGACAGGAUGGAUUUCCGCUCGAUGCAGGGAGGAGCCGCCCUGCAGGCAGGAAUUGCUUGGAAAAGAGAGGAAAACUUCAGAUCUCACUUUUAUGUGCCCCGACUCAAGAGUUUCAGAUUUUCCAGAAUAUUUAAGUGAUGACCAGUGCUCCGAUAACCGUGUUGGAACAUGAAGCAACCUUGAAGAUGAAAGCUAUGCACUUAGAAUGAGGAGUAGAAACUUAAACACUAAGGACCAAGAAACAGCGACACUAAUUCUGAACUCUAUUACAGGACUUCUUUUAAAUGAAAAAAAAAGAAAAAUAUCUUCCUUGUGCACAUGUACCCUAAAACCUAAAAUAUAA